AUGGGACCACCAAUACCAUACGCACCCAAUGUGUAUGCUAUGUGUCUACGGCGGAAAAAGACGUGCGACAAGACGUUGCCAGCUUGUGGUUAUUGCGCUCGGAAUGGCAUUCAGUGCGAAUACAAUAGGCCUCAGCACGAGAAACGCAGUCGCCAGAUCAACCCCGGUCGGCACUUUGUGGCACUUACAGAUUUCCAUUUGGAAGCUCACCCUGGCCAAGCCCCUCUACAUGACUCUAUAGAUUUCCUGAUCGACCAACGCAUGCACCAGAUACUGGCGGUUUUACGUAUGCAUCCCGCUGAAAUCACCAUGACCUACAUGAAUAGCUUUCACCAGUGGAUGCCCAUCGUGUCGGCCGAUGUGUUUCAAGUCGAACCUGCGCAGCCUCGCCCUGCGGAUGUCUCCAUUUUGCUUCUGGCCAUGUGUACCGUAAUACCAAUCCCUGGACUCUCGACUCGCCUGGUCUUUCAGACCCAAAUCGAUUAUUGA